ACCAACGUGACAGUGACGGAGUGACGUAAUGCAGCUAAAACAAGCUACCUUAGCUUAGCUUGUGCUUCCUCGACUGCACUGGACUGUUUUUCUGUGUGUUCUGCAGGUCGGACGGGUUCUAAAAUGGCUUUAGUGACAGCUCUGAGAAGACUAGCUCAUGUGAAGUUAAGAGAAUACGCAUGGAGGACGGCUGCAGUCUCCUCUGGAUCCUGGCUGAGGAGUCAGAGGAGUUUUACCUCCGGACACUUUCUCAGGUCAGACAACAAGGUGACGGUGCAUUUUGUCAACAGAGACGGGGAGAAGAUCACAGUGAAGGGCUCACCAGGAGACUCACUGCUUGAUAUCGUUAUUAAUGAAGACCUCGACUUUGAUGGCUUUGGGGCGUGUGAAGGAACGCUGGCCUGCUCCACAUGCCAUCUGAUCUUUGAUGAGGAAACCUACAAGAGUCUGGGUCCAGUCACAGACGAGGAGAUGGACAUGUUAGAUUUAGCCUACGGCCUGUCUGACACAUCUCGUCUGGGUUGCCAGAUCUGCCUGACAAGGUCGAUGGAGGGCAUGGUGGCCCGAGUCCCAGAGAGCGUAGCCGACAUCCGACAGAGUCAGGACGGAUCCUAACGGGCGGCCGGACGCCUGGAGGUAGAGCGGCUCCGAGCUGAGGGACCGAGACUGAACUGCUACAGUACUUUUCCCCCCUUUUUAGACGACUAUAGUCCGCUCUUUGUAACCACGAUGCGGGACUCGGACUUACCAAUAAAGACAAAAUCAUUUUUGUAUGGAUUGUAAAUCUAGCAGAGAUUCUUAGAGGAAAAACUGUAAACUUCGUCUGCAGGUAUUUCGACAAACUUAUGAUAUCUGUCUGUUAAUCUGUCCUGAUAUAAUCUCUCGUAUUGGCCUCAAACACCAGCCUGUCUGUCUCUGAUAGUCAUGUUUUAGUGUUUGGGGCAUUUCAAGUUAAUAUGAAUGCAUUUACAUGUAUACAUUAAGUCGUACAAACAGCAGCACAGGACUUAAAUGUUUGCAGACAAUGCGACUCAUAUUUUACUCUAGAUAAAUGUAUACCCUUACUAUUGUUGGUCUGAUCUGAUUCUGUAUGUAACGUUAUAAUUACAUUAUAUGAUUGUACAUAGCUAGAUCACACAUGUAUAGAGUGAAAAAUGAUGUAAUAAAAAGAAAAGACAUUUCUAACGGAGUGUGAGAGUCAUUACCUCUUUUAUGUAUUGUAAAAGUGCAACAGUAGGGCUUAAAAACACUCUGAAAGAAGGGCUUUUAGGCCCAUUUUAAAAGACUCGGAGGCCUGUAGAGCUCUCUGGUGGUCUGGGAGGGAACCCCAUGGUGUAGAGCUUGGUCCUGGAGGUGUGUGGUGAGAGUAGUUCCUUGAGGUAGGAAGAAGCGUUUCCUUGGGUGCACUGAUGAAACUACUGAUCUUCUCUUCCUCUGAAAGUACGGCUCAACAACCACAAGAUUUAAUUUGGCUGAGGAUCAGAUCAAUAGACAACGCCUCUCUCUGCAACCUGUUUCGUGACGUGACACCAGAAGAAUGCUGAUGAGGGAGAAGGGGCUUAUUAAUUAUUGUGCAUCGUCUGUUCCCGCAGAGAAGGAGCACUCGUCGCCUUGGAGUCGUCUCGACACUGUGUCAUAUAAAUCCUCUGCCACAAACACAGACAUCAACGACAGAAGAUGUUCGCGAAUACCGACCAAGAUAAGCACCCGUCGGGGUACAACUUUGACCUGGACGAUGCCCUGGUAGCGGGUGGACACGAGGAAGGUGGUCACGAUCAGCAUAAGGACAAGAAGCAUGAUGGGGAUCACCGUGAUGAAGGGAAGCGCUAUGAAGACAGGGAUCGUCAUGUAGGGGAUCAUCGUGAUGAAGACCGUGGUAGGGAUCAUGAUGACAAGGAUCACUGUGACGAAGAUCGUGGUAGGGAUCACCGUGAAGGGGAUCACCGUGAUGAAGACCGUGGUAGGGAUCACCGUGAAGGGGAUCACCGUGAUGAAGACCGUGGUAGGGAUCACCGUGAUGAAGGGAAGCGCUAUGACGACAGGGAUCAUCGUGCAGGGGAUCACCGUGAUGAAGACCAUGGUAGGGAUCAUGAUGACAAGGAUCGCCACAGACACCGCGAUGAACGGGGCCAUCGUGAUCAUGACGGCGGCAGUGGAAGCAGAAGUGGCAGCGAGAGCGGAAGUGGCAGCGGAAGUGGCAGCGGCAGCGACGAUGGGCACGGUGGUCAUCGAAAGCACAAGCACGGCCACAAGCACGGCAACAAACACGGGCGCGGGCAUGGGCGCGGGCACGGGCGUGGUCACGGUGGACGCAGGUAGAAAGGUGAAUACAGGCAGCAGACGCACAGAAUCUCCAGCUGCCAUUAUGCAAAGAAGAUGCUUUAUUUCUGCACUGCAUUAAAAUAAUAAACUAUGCCUUUUUUUCUCAAGCUUACUCAGAAAACAUGUUCUUGUUUUCUGGUAACUUUAAUGCAUAAUAAAGAUCAAUAAAGACA